AUGUCCAAUGACAACUACUCGUACUCCACUCCCAGCACCCCAAGGCCAAACUGUCCCCACAGCUCCUCGCUGGCACCCCUAUCUGUCAUGGCAUCCAUACCUGUGUGUAAAGAAAAGGAUCCGCUCGAUAUCACCGAAGAGGAUGUGACUACGUUCGGACAAUACCACUCGGACGAAAGAUCACUGCAAAUCACUGUGAUCGGACCGAUGGUAGAAAGCAUGUUUUCGAACAUUGGCUCGGACCCAUCUUCGAUACAGUCAUCUUGCGAUCGUCCCCCGUUGCGGAAGACUUGGGACUCCUCCGACGAACGAGAGGAUGAGUCAUCGCAUCACACCCAGCACAACAGUGUCGAGGGUUACUAUGGUUCGAAGUUCGCAAUAAGGUUGAACAUCGAGAGCGAUGAUGGAUGUAGAUUGAUCAGAGAAGCGUUACAAAGCUUGAAGAGCGGAGUCCAGGAUUCAGGAGCUGUUGAACGAGACGGACGUCACAGUAGUUGA